UGUGGAGGGGGAAUAAAAGGAGUCAACAGCCUGCCAAGAACGUUUCAGAGAUCUGCAGCAGAAUGCAUGCGCAGAAUGACUAUUGAAAAUUAAUUCUUAACAGUCAGAUUGGCUGGUGUCAUCUCAUGAGAAUGGUGAUAAGAGAACUUGACAGAUGCUGUUAUAUGUAUGGUAAAUACCUGCUGCUGAUCCCAGAUGGAAUCUGAACGACAUCUCUCUCCCACAGACACCACCAGGGCAGCACUAAACCACAACCAUCACAAAGAGCUUCUCCAGACGGGCAGGAGAGGAGCAGGAGGACACGGGCCCUGAGAAACACUGAGCACUGAGGAACAGAGAUGAGCACCCGUGUCACAAAACCAUCCAAUCAGAGCGCAGGGGUUACCAAACCAGCCAAUCAGAGAACAGGGGUCACCAAACCAGCCAAUCAGAUAGCAGGUGUCCCCAAACCGGCCAAUCAAAACGCAGGGAAAAUGAAAACAGCAAUUCAGAAGAAUGCGUACGCGCCUGUGAAGAUCGACCCAGACAGUGACUACAUGACGCCGGGGGCCUUUGAGCUGGAGCAGCUGUUCCGGACGGUUGGAGGGGCAGAGUACACACACGUCAACGAGGUCUGGCCCCGUGUCUUCAUCGGUGAUGAGAAAACUGCUCUGGAGCGCCCCCAGCUGGAGGCCAUGGGUAUGACGCACAUCCUGAACGUGGCAGAGGGGAAGUGGAAUAAUGUGGCCACCGGUGCCAGGUUCUACCGCGGCAUGAACGUCCGGUACUACGGCAUCGAGGCCGAGGACAUGCCCACCUUCAACCUCGCAGAGUUCUUCUACCCUGCUGCUGACUUCAUGCAUCAAGCACUCAACCACCCAGAGAGUAGGCUGCUGGUCCACUGCGUGAUGGGGCGAAGUCGUUCGGCCACACUGGUCCUGGCGUACCUGAUGAUCCACGAGCGUCUGAGCGUGGUGGACGCCAUCACACACGUCAGACACAGACGCUGCGUGCUGCCCAACCGCGGCUUCAUCAAGCAGCUCAGGGCGCUCGACAUCACGCUGCAGCAGGAGAGACACUCUCAGAGGAUCAGAGCCACAGACACACAACAGAAGAGUGUGAGAGACAGAGGGAGAGAGAGAGGGAGGAGAAUGAUA